AGUGCCUCCAUCUCAUCGGCACAGGGGCCUGGCGGAGCAUUCAUCAAGGCUUCCUGUUCGCACGGUCACGUAAUUGACAGUUCUGUGCUAAACAGAGGAACGCGGGCAUUUUAUAUGCUGCACGUUCGCCUUCGUCUGCUGUACGCUCGUCGCCGUCUGCUGUGCACGCAUCAGCGCUGUCUGCAAGACGCCCGCUGCCGAUCGUCUGCUUGAAAUCCACCGUCUGCAUCACGCAAUGUUCGCCGUCAUCGACAUCGCAGAGAAGGACAGCCUUCCCAAGUCAUUUCUAUAGUGUGCCGCUUUAUUUUUUUUUUCUUUCGUGUUUUGCAACCAGUGCGAAGAACGAUACUGCUUCGCGGCGCCUGGAGACCAUUUUGACAUUUUCUCUACAAGAACCGAAGGCCAUGGUCAAGUUCCACCUGCCUUCGGCGCUGGCGCGAAACGCCUGGCGCGCCUUCAACGUGGGCCUCUUCCUCAUCGUCAUCGGCAUGGUUCCGCUGCUGCUGAGUAUCACUUCGCGUACGCGCCUAGACGUGGUCUUCUUGGCCGGCCUAGGCCUAGUCUGCGUCGGGGGCACGCUGUUCCUGGUCUCUUCCUGCGUAGCUGUCUGCGACCACGUCCAGAACGUCGCGCGGCCAACGCCGGGUGACGACGUCGUGGUCGGCGGCGGCGGCGAGACGGUGUGGACCAUCGAUGCACCGCCCAGCUACGAAGAGGCGGUGGCCACGAUCCACCUCAGUUCGUCGAGUCCCAGCGUCCAAGAUGCAACGGCGCCGCCCGUCGUGACCGUUGCGGGAAGCGUGGCCGUUUCCGUGACUGACGCCGUUGCGGCUUCGAACGCUUCGGAUACGGCGAAAGCGAAAUGCCUCAUAUUGACAGUGCCCGGACCAAAGUCUUCCGUGUGUUAGAGAACAUUCGCUGCUUUCGCGCCGAGCGUGCGGUGUGAACUUGCUGCUCUCGUGCAGAUCUUGGUGAAAUCUUUCUCGUCGGAUUAUCGAUCGAGAGUUUUUCGAUCAUGCCGGGAAAGUUGAGCACGCCUGUUCUUCGCAUGCGACGACACCCUUGAAUUGCGCCGCCAGUGAACUUCAGGACGGCGCGUUGUUCAUCCUAGGUCGAUGAGCACUUCUUACGAACAACUCCUGACAGUGCGAAGCAUGCGUAACAUUGACCGACUGGGGGCUAAAGGCGGCACAGGGUUGAAGACACCUCUAGUGGAGGGAUACGAAAGUCUUAUCCCUCGUUAUAUUUUGCCCUGAGAGCACCAGUACCUGUUAUCGUAGUCUGCAGUGUUGGGACCGGUGUGAACACCUCCUAGGGCUAUGCUUCAAGUUCCUCCGUGAAGGUUGCACGUCAUGUUUCUGACGAUGCUGCGCGGACUUCAACACGCCUGGAAGUCAACUGUCACUGUCGCUUCGCUCAAAGGCGACGCUGAGACAUCGGACGUCUGCUGAAGCUGUGUCACCGAACUAUGAAAUCGGGAGCACUGUGGAUAUGCUACAGAUUGAAGGGAAACAGAUCUGAUAACAUCAGUCGGGGGUGACAGUUAUCCCCCUCUUACACUCGAGUAAUGGUGUCAUUGCAUGAAUACUGAGGCAAAAAAAAAAGAUUGAUUUUUUAUUACGUUUUUAUUUCCACCUAGAAAAAUUGUUUAAUCAAACACUGCGCGCAUCUCCUUCUACCUGUACAAUUGUUCAAAAAAUGCUUCCUGAUGGCAAUGGUGACAUAAAGUAUUUAUUUCCGACUAAA